AUGCCAUCACCAUCACCACCACCACCACUAUCACCAUCUUCACUUAUACAUCAUACAUCACCACCGAGAUCUACAAAACACCACCACCACCAAAAUCAACAAAAACACCAUCAUCACCAUCACAAUCUAUUACCAUCGUCGCCACCGAUACCAUCAGGAGGAUAUGAGAAUUGGGUACACUGCAACUAUUACAUGAACGAACACGGAGUUACCAAAGAAGAAGCUAAUAGAGAACUUGAAAAGAGGAUUGGAGAUAUCAACAAGAUUACAAACGAAGAGUGCUUAAACAUGACAAGCACCAUGCCACGCCUAAAUAUUAUGCAAGCCGUCAGAUUCGGAUCCGCGGUGGAUGUUUUAUAUGUCGGCGAUGAUGUCUAUUACAACCGUGAUGGAAAACUCAAGGACUAUAUGAAUUUUGCUCGUAGAUCCCAUUCGUUUUUAGAUCCCUUUUGUGGGGAUCUAUUUGAUCGUUGGGACUUGGGACUUUGA